AUGAGCCACGACGCCGAUGACGGGGCCAAGCGGGCGGCCGAGAUCAACGAGGCUAUGCUCGGCAUGCCCGGCUACGCUGACGACUCCCUCUUCUUCACCGUCCGGUACGGCGAAAGGGCCAAGAACACCCUCCGCCAGUGCGACUGGGAGGAGUUCCAACGGACCAUCGACGCCAUCACAGACCUGUGGAUCAAGGCGGGUGGAGGCGGGACCCAGCCCGAGGCCGGCCCGCCUCCGGACCAGCGCAGCGCCAGGGCCGCGGAGCUGCGGGCACACGCCAUCAGUCUCAUUGGCGACUUUCCAGACCUUGUACGGGACUUUGACCGGUUCACGGCGUCGUGCCAGGCUGCCAUGGCGGCUGUGACGCGCUCGGGCUUGAGGAAGUAA